AUGGCCGAAGCCGAAGCCGACGAGCCACGAGGCUCCUCCCUCCAGAACCUGCCUGCUGAGAUUCUGCACAUGAUUGUUGAGCACAUGGAAUAUGCCUCCGAUGUUCACGCACUUUCACAGACGUGCCGCCGACUCGCCGCGUUUGGAGAUAAGUGUCUCGUUUCCCACUUUGCUUCACAAUGCUCUCCACGAGGGCUUAACAGACUGAUAAAGAAUCGCAAUCUAACCGCCGUGCACACACUUGUUUCAAACCCCAACUUCUCCUUCCUACCGUAA